AUGUCUAACCAAUCAGAAAAUGGUUUUCAGGGUUCUCAACCCUUUGUAACAGAUAAACAAUUUCAGAAUAUGUCUUUGGAUGAAAUAAGACAUAUAAUAGCACAAGAAAAAGAAGAACUUAAGAAAGAUUAUAAGGAAUUAGCGUCAAGAAGAAAAUUAAUAAAUCAGUAUAAAAAAUUGGUAGAAGCUAGACAAAAAGUAAAAAGUGGUAUUGAUAUAAGAAAGAAUCUUAAAAAGAAAGCCUCAACCAAAAUAAGGAAGAUAAAAACAUUUGAAGAGUAUUUUGAGGAAUGUAUAAAGAAUAAAAAGAUUCCCAAAGAUACUCCUGAUUAUUUACGUAAAGCUCUUGAGAGAGUUAAGUAUGAACAUGAGCAAGGAAUUAAAAUAGAAAAAUCAGCUCUUGAUAAAUUUGUUGUUAAGUAUGUUUUUGAAGGAAUACCUGGUAUUAACCCUCCUGAAUAUUUAAGUAGAGUUCAUGCUACUUUAGAAGAAUUUUUAACAAAUCAUAGGAAUAUUAAAUUUAAGAUGAUUUUAAUUUGUAUAAUGGAAAGAAUUACAGUUAAGACAGAUAGAGGAGUAGAAGAAGUAGAAGAAUUUAAAGCACAUUUUAGUACACAUACUUAUAUAAAUCUUGUAUCCACAAAUCCAGAAAAAUUAAUAAAUAAAUGUUUUAGUAAAAUUUUAGAUAGUAUAGAAGAAUUUAACACAAAUGGAAGCGGAUGGUAUUUUAAAGAGGUUUUUAAGCUUGAAGUUAAUACUUUUGAGUUUAAUCCAACUAAGGGCUCAUCUUUCAUUCCUCUUCCAGAUUGGUUAUCAAAUAAAAAAGCAAUUGUUAAUAUUAAAAACAAUGAUGAUAAAUGCUUUUUGUGGUGUAUACUGAGAUAUCUUUGUCCAAAAGAAACACAUGAAGAAAAAAUAAAAGAUUUAGAAAAGUACGAGUUUUCACUUAACACAAAAGGUAUUACUUUUCCUAUGAAAUUAAAAGACAUUUCCAAAUUUGAAAAACUUAAUUUAGAACUUCCAGGAAUAAAUGUUUUUUCAAAUGAUAAUAUGACUAUUUAUCCUUUGAGAAUGGCAGAGAGAGAUUGUAAAAAUACUAUUGAUUUAUUUUUGUAUGAAGAAGAUGGUAAUACACAUUAUACACUAAUUAAAAAUUUUAAUAGAUUGAUAAGAUCACAAAAAACUUCAAGUAAGAAUGGCGCAAUAUUUAUUUGUAAGAGAUGUUUUAGUCAUUUCACCAAAGAAGAAUUACUAGAUAAACAUAUUAAAUAUUGUUCUAAUAAUAAAACAACACUUGUAAAAAUGCCUGAACCAAAUACUUAUUUACAUUUCAAGAAUUAUCACAAACAACUUCCUGUUCCUUUUGUAGUUUAUGCAGAUUUUGAAUGCUUUACUAAACCAAUGAAUAGUUGCAGUCCUAAUCCAAAAGAAUCUUAUAAUUACAACUAUCAAAAGCAUGAACCAUCAGGAUUUUGUUUUUAUGUUAAGGGAAUAGUUAAUAAAAAAAUUACACCAAUUAUUUAUACAAAAAAAUCAGAGGAUGAAGACAUUUCAAAAGUAUUUGUAGAAAAACUUUCAGAAGUAACAAAAGGAAUUUAUAAUGACUUUUAUUUAAGACCAAAACCUCUCAGACUAACUAGUGCAGAACAAAAAUCAUUUGAAGAAGCUAAAACUUGUCAUAUCUGUAGUGGUGAAUUAAAAAAGGAUAAAGUACGAGAUCAUUGCCAUUUCACAGGACAGUAUCGCGGUGCAGCUCAUAACAAAUGUAAUCUUAUGUGUAAAAAACCAAAAGUAUUACCAGUUAUAUUUCACAAUCUUCAGGGUUAUGAUGCUCAUCUAUUUAUUAAACAACUUGCUAGAUUAGAAGGAAGUUAGAUUGUAUUCCAUCUACAGAAGAAAAAUAUAUUUCAUUUUCUAAAACUAUUAAAGUUGGGGAAUAUAAAGAUUUUAGUGGGUUAACUUUUGAUGUAAAUUUUGAAAUAAGAUUUUUAGAUUCUUUUAAGUUUCUUCAAACAUCACUUGCUAAUCUUGUUUCAAAUUUACAACCUUGUGAUUUUAUUAAUACAAAACAUGCAUUUAAAUCUAAUACAUCACUUCUUACACGUAAAGGUGUAUAUCCAUAUGACUAUGUUUCAUCAUUUGAUAAAUUAUCAGAAAAACAAUUACCCCCCCAAGAGGAAUUCUAUUCUAAACUAAAUGAUGAAGACAUAACUGAUGAUGAUUACCAACACGCUAUCCGCGUAUGGAAUACAUUUGGAUGUAAAACAAUAAGAGAUUAUCACAAUCUUUACCUAAAGUCUGAUGUAUUACUUCUAGCAGAUGUAUUUGAAAACUUUAGAAAAACUUGCCUCAAACAUUACAAACUAGAUCCAGUUCAUUAUUACACAUCUCCUGGUUUAGCUUGGGACGCAUGUCUUAAAGAAACAGGUCAGAAAUUACAGUUACUACAUGAUUAUGAUAUGUUAAUGAUGUUUGAGCAAGGUAUUCGUGGUGGUAUAACACAUAUAUCAAAAAGAUAUGCAGAAGCGAAUAACAAAUACAUGAAAAAUUAUAAUCCUAAUGAGGAGUCUAGUUAUAUUCAAUAUCUUGAGGCAAAUAACCUUUACGGUUGGGCAAUGACUCAACAACUCCCAACACAUGGAUUUAAAUGGAUGAAAAAUAUAACAGUGGAAAAGGUAGAUGAAAUUCUAGAGAAAGCAAAUCAUAGUAUGUCAAAUCUUGGGAGGAAAGGAUAUAUAUUUGAAGUUGAUUUGGAGUAUCCUCAACACCUAUGGGAAAAACAUAAUGACUAUCCUUUAGCGCCUGAGAAGAUGAUUGUAAACGGUGUUGAAAAGUUAAUUUGUCAUUUCAAACCAAGAAAAAACUAUGUUGUUCAUUAUCGAAAUCUUAGACAAUAUCUUGAGAUGGGAAUGAGGAUUACAGCUGUUCACAGAGGAAUAUCAUUUUAUCAAAGUUCUUGGAUGGAGCCAUAUAUCCGAAAAAAUACAGAACUUCGAAAGACAGCAGCCAACAAUUUUGAGAAAGACUUUUUCAAACUAAUGAAUAACUCAGUUUUUGGUAAAACAAUAGAAAAUAUAAGGAAAAGGCAAAAUAUACAUCUUAUUGAUAAUCGUAAGAAAGCUGUCAAACUAUCAAGUCGUCCAAACUUUGAUAGAUGUACAAUAUUUGAUCGAAAUCUUAUUGCAAUCCAUAUGAUAAAUACUGAAAUAUAUUUUUAUAAACCAGUAUAUGUUGGUCAAGCAAUUUUAGAUUUGUCAAAAACAUUAAUGUUCAAUUUUCAUUAUAACUACAUUAAAGAGAAAUAUGGAAAUAAAGCUGAGUUAUUGUUUACUGAUACUGAUAGCCUAAUGUUUCAGAUUUACACAGAUGAUUUUUAUAAAGAUAUAAAUUCUGAUGUUCAAGAUAAAUUUGAUACAAGUGAUUAUCCACCAAAUCAUAAAUCUGGUAUACAAACAGGAUUAAAUAAAAAAGUAAUUGGUAUGUUUAAAGAUGAAGUAGCAGGAAAACAAAUAACACAUUUUGUUGGAUUGAGACCUAAACUAUAUAGCUUUAGAGUUGAGGAUGAAAAAGAUUUAAAAAAGUGUAAAGGAAUAAAGAAAAAUGUAGUAAAAAAGAAAAUAGAUUUUGAUGAUUAUGUUAAAUGUUUAUUUUCGGGUGAAAAACAAAUGAGAACAAUGAAAAUUAUAAGAAGUGAAAAGCAUGAUAUAUAUUCAAAGGAAGUAAAUAAAAUAGCUCUGAGUAAUGAAGAUGAUAAAAGAAAGGUCUUAAAGGAUGGAGUGCACACUUUAGCUCUUAGAUAA